AUGUCUCCCUUGAGACAGUUACAGGAGGAGGAGUUCCCCUUGAGACAGUUACAGGAGGAGGAGUUCCCCAUGAGACAGUUACAAGAGGAGGAGUUCCCCUUGAGACAGUUACAAGAGGAGGAGUUCCCCUUGAGACAGUUACAGGAGGAGGAGUUCCCCAUGAGACAGUUACAAGAGGAGGAGUUUCCCUUGAGACAGUUACAAGAGGAGGAGUUCCCCUUGAGACAGUUACAAGAGGAGGAGUUCCCCUUGAGACAGUUACAGGAGGAGGAGUUCCCCAUGAGACAGUUACAAGAGGAGGAGUUCCCCUUGAGACAGUUACAAGAGGAGGAGUUCCCCUUGAGACAGUUACAGGAGGAGGAGUUCCCCAUGAGACAGUUACAAGAGGAGGAGUUCCCCUUGAGACAGUUACAAGAGGAGGAGUUCCCCUUGAGACAGUUACAAGAGGAGGAGUUCCCCAUGAGACAGUUACAGGAGGAGGAGUUCCCCAUGAGACAGUUACAGGAGGAGGAGUUCCCCAUGAGACAGUUACAGGAGGAGUUCCCCAUGAGACAGUUACAGGAGGAGGAGUUCCCCAUGAGACAGUUACAGGAGGAGGAGUUCCCCAUGAGACAGUUUCAGGAGGAGGAGUUCCCCAUGAGACAGUUACAGGAGGAGGAGUUCCCCAUGAGACAAUUACAGGAGGAGGAGUUCCCCAUGAGACAGUUACAGGAGGAGGAGUUCCCCAUGAGACAGUUACAGGAGGAGGAGUUCCCCAUGAGACAGUUACAGGAGGAGGAGUUCCCCUUGAGACAGUUACAAGAGGAGGAGUUCCCCAUGAGACAGUUACAGGAGGAGGAGUUCCCCAUGAGACAGUUACAGGAGGAGGAGUUCCCCAUGAGACAGUUACAAGAGGAGGAGUUCCCCAUGAGACAGUUACAGGAGGAGGAGUUCCCCAUGAGACAGUUACAAGAGGAGGAGUUCCCCAUGAGACAGUUACAAGAGGAGGAGUUCCCCAUGAGACAGUUUCAGGAGGAGGAGUUCCCCAUGAGACAGUUACAAGAGGAGGAGUUCCCCAUGAGACAGUUACAAGAGGAGGAGUUCUCCAUGAGACAGUUUCAGGAGGAGGAGUUCCCCAUGAGACAGUUACAAGAGGAGGAGUUCCCCAUGAGACAGUUACAGGAGGAGGAAUUCCCCAUGAGACAGUUACAAGGGAAGUUGUCUGCGGGGUUGUCUGCUUUGCUUUCCUGCCAGCAAUGCGACCAGUCGACCUACUGCAAUGUUCCUUAUUUCUCAUGUCCUUCAAACUCUGCUUCGUCCACAACCUCAACCCCUGCGGCCUCACCGGGACACGAUGGUCCCUGCUCCUGA